AGAACAAUGGCAGGAGAGGGAGACCUGAAGCUGCUGGGCUUGCUGGUGAGCCCAUUCGUGGUCCGCGUGCGCAUGGCGCUGAGCAUGAAGGGCGUGAGCUACGAGUACAUCGAGCAGGACGUCUUCAACAAGAGCGAGCUACUCAUCAGGUACAACCCCGUGCACCAGAAGGUGCCGGUGCUCAUCCACCAUGGCAAGCCCAUCUGCGAGUCGCUGGCCAUCGUGGAGUACGUCGACGAGGUCUGGGGCGGCGGCGUGGCCCCAUCCAUACUCCCCGCCGACCCCUACGAGCGCGCCAUUGCUCGCUUCUGGGCCGCCUACAUUGACGACAAGCUGUUCCCUGCCUGGAUGGGCGUCCUGAAGGCGGCGACGGAGGAAGAGAAGGCCGAGAAGGUUAGCCAGACGCUCGCGGUUCUUGUGCAUUUGGAGGAGGCCUUCGCAAAGUGUUCAGACGGGAAGGCCUUCUUCGGCGGCGACACCAUCGGCUACCUCGACCUUGCUCUGGGCUGCAAUCUGUUCUGGUUCAAGACACUGCGGAAGAUGUUCAAUGUGGAGUUGAUCGAGGAGGGCAGGACUCCGCUCCUGGCCUCGUGGGCGCAGAGGUUCAGUGAAGCAGCAGCUGUGAAGGACCUGGUGCCGAACGUAGACAAGGCAGUGGAGCACGCCAAGAAGAUGCGUCGCGUAUUCGUCCAUUGA